GCAAGGAAGUCCUCGAAAACUGUUCAUUUUGGCAUCCGCUGUUUACAAUAAUAGCCACGAUUGGGGAUCCAUGCUUACAUACACUUCCUCUCAGAAUAUCUAACAAAGUUCAACAUUUUGCAGGAAAGUACAGACUUUGACUAGUUUGUCUUUGUCUACACAUUUAGGCAUCAUUUCCAGUAAGCCACAGGCCAACAUCUCUUUUAGUCUCGAUCUCGGAGUAUAAAGUUAGCUCUCGGGAUCUGAUGAAAUUUUACAAAGUGGGUAACCAGCCUCAAGGAUCAGCACUUGCAGAACAGACGGCGAGUUUUCCAUCUUUUACCCGACCUUCACCUCAUGGAGGAUGCUUUUUAUGGACAUCGCAGAAGGAUGGAUGAUGCGGUAAAACCCAUUGCCAUUAUUGAUCCAAUGACUGUGCAUGAUGUACAGUGUACCAACUUUGAGCAAGGGUGUCAAACAGAACAGACUGAGCAGUUGAAAGAGAGCACCAGGCCAAUCAGCAGCGGCGUUGAAGUGGGAUGUCAGACAGAAAGACAUCGUAGCUCUUCAUCUCGGCGGAGAUCUGAAGAUAGCUCUUCUAGCAGGCGGAAGCUGAUUACUGCAAGCAUCAGGCACAAUCCUGAUGCCAAGGAUUUCUUUUGCAGUGACUGCAGGACCUACGUCUGUUACUUCUGCAUCAUCAAUCACCAUGUGGAACACAAUACGAUCAAUGCCCGUGAUCAGGAGGUCACCCAGGAUGAAGAGAUCACCAAGUUGGUGACCAAAGCAAACAAAACGAAAGACUGGAUGAUAUCUUUUGGGAAGUUCAUCGAAGAGCGAAAAGCAUCAACAGCGGAAAUAACCCAAAAGUCUAUUGCGAUGGUCGAUGAGGACUAUAGGGAAAAGAUGCAAAUUUUAGAACAGGAAAGGAAAUCCCGUAUCAAGUUUUAUCAGCAGAGAGAACAAGCGAUCAAUGAAAUGCUGGAGGGUAGAAAGACUGACAACGAUGCUCAGAUCUGUAUUGUAGAUACAGUGCUAGAUUCUGUACAGAAAGCCAAAGGUGUCCGGUUAUCUGGAGGUAAACUAACGGCUCACGAAAUGUGCUGCAAACAAUUUGAGGAAAUGCUUAAAAACUGUAAGAUAGGCGAGUCCGAAGAAUGUAAGGUGCAGAAAGACACGGCAGUACCGCGAUUUAAAAGAAAAUCUAUUAGGGGCAUAACAGAAUUGGACCUUGUUGAAAGCGAUGAUCCGUGGAUUCUCAUGCACGAUGUACCCCUGAUAAAGGACGGGAUGAAAACCAUGGCGACCAUGCAAGAUGGUCGGAUUGCUAUAGGUUUUCGAAAAGCAGGGGUGGCCAUUUGUAACAGCGAUGGCCACCAGCAGAUGACAAACCUCCAUGGUGUCACAAUCCAGGACAUGGCUGUCAUGACCGAAAGUCGUUUUGCCAUACUGGACAAAAAGAACCACCUGUCCAUAUACAUGCUCUUGAAGUUGAAACUUGAGAAAAUGGACGUGAAGCCGUUCAGGACACUAAACAAAGAGAAAGGAGGGGAUGGCACGGUGGCUGUGAAUGGUUACGAUCACGUAUUCAUCGGGUACACCAAGGCAAUGAAGAUCCAGGAAUUCGCACCUGAAGGUGGAAAGGCUCUGCGUGAACUGGAAUGCACCGAUCAUCUCCCAAUCCAGCUUUUCCAUCUCAAAGUGGACAAGCUGCUGGUGGUCAAAGGAAGGGCUGACUUCAUCCUGACCCUUGACAUGACUGAAGAAACCGGCCAACCGAAGAAAUCCCUCAGGAAGGAUGGGGACAUGUGCGCCUACCCCGCAGUGUGUCUUGACCAAACACUCAUCGUUGCCUGGGUGAGCAAUAGAGAAAAUUACGUCACGAUUGAUCGUUACACGCGUGAACUGACACACAUUGAGACACUCAUCUCGGAGCACAAAUUACCGAAGCAGGAGGCUAACUACAAUUUCCCUGACCACCUGCAGCAGUUCUUGUCUGGGGAGAUGGCAUUCUGCUCUCAAGACCGACUCUAUAUUUUUGCACAGAACACCCUAGCGACGUGAACCAUCGUAAUAACCGUCCCAAGAAGUUUAAGAUUUCUCAACAGAAUUAUCGAUACUGGGUGUGGCCUCUGCGGGGGCCUCUGACAAAGAAACCUUGCCCAUUGUCUAACGCGUAUUCUUGGGUGUGGUCUUCCCAUGCAGGCACGUGAUACAGAGCAGAAAUGAGCCUGCCUGAAAAUCGGUCAAUAAAUAUUGUCAUAUAUAGCGAAGUAUACGUUUUUGGUAUCGCUACAUAGGUUCUUCGUCAAAAUGGCGUCAGACUGACCCAGGAAACCACCAUGCCCCAAGGCUAUAUAUCGAACUUGUUCUCCUAGUUGCUUCAACAUUGAUCGUGUGCAUCAUGGAGAAGUUUUUGCACCGUGGCGCAGAAUGAUUUCAAGAACGUAGAAAAAAUUAAUGUAUGACACAAAGCAUUAACCAAUAAGUCUUUAUCGAAAAUUUGGGAAUUAAAACAGCAGUUUCGUCCUGGACGCUGGACAAAAAAAAAUCUUAUUUGCAAUUUUUUUUGGGCAGCUCUGUAACUGUUCACCAAUUUUCGACAAAGACCUCCUAGCUGUUCAUUGUUAUUUGACAGGCAUUUUCCAUACAUGUUGUUGUGUUCUUGAAUUCGGUCUGGCGUCGCGAUGCAAAAACUUCCUAAUAUCUGGAAAGUUAUUAAAUAAAGAAAAGUGGAGAAAAUUCCUUAAGUAGGUCUUCUGGUAGAGCGUUCUCUGAUGAAGUUACAGUGGUUGGCAUGAAAGUAAAAAUGGGAAAACUGUGCAUUAGUCCAUAAAACUAUGAUUGAUCACGGUUAGGUGCACAAGUUUUUAUUAUUUGUCCUUGAGGGAACGCUCUAUUUCAUUUACCCUCGUAAAGCCCCCAGUCACAUAAUAUAGACACGGAUCCUCAAGGAUCAACACGGCAAUGUCAGCAUGAUCUCCGGAAUAGUUUUGCCGAGGAUUAAAGGGGAAGUUCACCCUGACAAAAAGUUUAUUGUAAAAAUAGCAGAAAAAAUAAUAAAAAAUAUUGCCGAAGGUUUGAGAAAAACUCAUCAAAUAAUUAAAAAGUUAUUAGAAUUUCAAUUAUUUGAUUUGUGACGUCAUAUGCGAGCAGCAUUCCUACAUAGCGAAUGGUAAAAAAUCAAUGAAAUGUCAUUUUCUCCGAAAAUUGAAGAUGGUUUUCACUAUACCUUCUGUAUAUCAAUAGACAAAUCAUUUCACACCCGAUCAUGAAUAGAAAACAAAAAUAAAUCAUCAGGAACCAUGCAAAAUUUGAAAUUCAUGCAUUUUAUAUUACAUAACACAUGGGGCAGCUGCUCGUCUAUGACGUCACAAAUCCAAAACUUCGAACUCAAAUAACUUUCUUACUCUUUAACGGAUUUUCCUCAAAUCUUCACCAAUAUUUUUUACUAUUUUUUCUGCUAUUUUUACAACAAAGUUUUCUUCAGGGUGAACUUCCCCUUUAAGCGUCGACGAGCGUUGAUGACUGUAUACCGCAUCUACUGCAUCUUCACGGAUCUACACGGACCAUGCCAGCAGAGCAUGUCGUCCGGUCUACACGGAUCAUCAGGGCGUCAACACGGACCAACACGGCAGCUACACGGACCAACACGUCAUCUACACGGACCAUCCCGGAUUGCAUGCCAACACGGCAGUCCACGGAUGACGCCGGAUGAUUUCGAAAGCCAAAAACUGCCGCGUUGGCCUCCCGGACGUUUAAGGACCUACACGGACCUCCAAGAAUGCCCAAGGCACCAACGUGGAUCUUUCCCCGGACCACCCCGGAUCAGAUUCGGGGUGGUCGGGGGUCUUUAUAUGACUGGGGCUUUACCCCGAAUGUACAUUUCUCCAAAUUUUCGUUAUUCCGAAACACGCUAAUUGCAUAACACAAGAUGUCGUUUCGUC